AUGCAAGGAACGAUUUCUUGUACAAGGCAUUACAAUACUAUGAUCCCGGCCGCAGAAUCUCUGCUACCGCUUAAAACGCAAGGAAAUGGCGAACGUGUUCGGACGGUGGUGGAGGAGAACGCGGUGAUCGUGAUUGGACGGAGAGGAUGCUGCAUGUGCCAUGUGGUGAAUAUGUUGCUUCUUGGACUUGGAGUAAAUCCGGCGGUUCUUGAGAUCGAUGAGGAGAGUGAAAAGGAAGUUAUGAAUGAGCUAGAGAGGAUUAGCGUCGAAAGCGAUAGAGAAACGGUGACGUUACCGGCGGUUUAUAUUGGAGGGAGGUUGUUUGGAGGGUUGGAUAGAGUUAUGGCCACUCAUAUCUCCGGUGAGUUAGUUCCAAUUCUUAAGAAGGUUGGAGCUUUGUGGUUGUGA